AUGGCCUCGGCUACCCGUCACUUCGCCCGCGUGGCUACGCGCACCACGGCCCGCAACGCCUUCGCCGUCGCCCCUCGUCAGGCCUUCCGCCAGCAGGGCCGCCGCUGGUACUCGUCGGAGCCCGCCCAGAAGUCGUCGUCGACGUGGCUGUACCUGACGGGCGCCGCCGCCGCCGGUGGCCUCGGCUACUGGUACUACACGGCCAGCGGUGCGCCGUCGGCCGCCUCGACCAAGGUCGUCAACCCCACCAAGGAGGACUACCAGAAGGUGUACAACGAGAUCGCUAGCCGCCUCGAGGAGAAGGACGACUACGACGAUGGCAGCUUCGGCCCCGUGCUGCUGCGCCUCGCCUGGCACGCCUCGGGCACGUACGAUAAGGAGACUGGCACUGGCGGCAGCAACGGCGCCACCAUGCGCUUCGCUCCCGAGUCUGACCACGGCGCCAACGCCGGUCUCCUUGCUGCUCGUGACUUCCUCGCGCCCGUCAAGGCCAAGUUCCCUUGGAUCACCUACUCUGAUCUCUGGAUCCUCGGUGGCGUUUGCGCCGUCCAGGAGAUGCAGGGCCCCAUCGUCCCCUACCGCCCUGGCCGCUCCGACCGUGACGUCUCGGCCUGCACCCCCGACGGCCGCCUGCCCGACGCCACGCAGGGCGGUGACCACCUCCGCAACAUCUUUUACCGCAUGGGCUUCAACGACCAGGAGAUUGUUGCUCUGUCUGGUGCCCACGCCCUGGGCCGCUGCCACACGGACCGCUCCGGCUUUGAGGGCCCCUGGACCUUCUCUCCUACCAUCCUGACCAACGACUACUACCGCCUGCUCAUCGAGGAGAAGUGGCAGUGGAAGAAGUGGAACGGCCCCAAGCAGUACGAGGACAAGACCACCAAGACGCUGAUGAUGCUCCCCACCGACAUGGUCCUGGUCCAGGACAAGAAGUUCAAGCCCUUCACCGAGAAGUACGCCAAGGACAACGAGGCCUUCUUCAAGGACUUCUCGGCCGUCGUCACCAAGCUGUUUGAGCUUGGCGUUCCGUUUGCCCAGGGCACCGAGGGCCAGCGCUGGACCAUGAAGCCCACUUGGGACGAGUCCAAAUAA